AUGUUGCAGUCCAUUCGGAAUAGACCCAAGUGCCUUGUGAAUUAUUUUUCUUCACACUUCUUGUUAAAGGGAAGCAAUUUGGCUCGGAGAAGAGUGGCCAUCAUUGCUGCAAAUUCGUUUCAAAAUAAUAAUAUGAACAAUACUAUUCAUAAUAAUAGAUACUCCUCUGCAUUAUUAUGGAAUCAAACAAGAAGUUUCUCUUCUUCCGAACAAAGACUCACGAAAGAGGAAAACAGUGAUGAUCCUGAACAACGAUUAAAAAACUAUCAACAAGAUAGAAAGAUGGCACAAGAAAAGAUGCAGAAUAUUAAAAAAGAGUUGACUGAUUUUUUAAAGUUGAAAUUCAACACAGACAAGAAGCAAGAAAAACAAGCGGAGAGAAUGAAGUUGGCUCGAAAUUUGGGAAAUAUUAUGAUCAUUCUUGGAUUUAUUGUUGGACUGGUAAUUUAUGUGGGAGAAAAUGAAAAGAAAAAACGAAGUGAUUACAUUGUGGAAGAAACAAACACUAAUGACGAAAGAAACGCUACACAGACUCAGAAUAGCAGUGGAAACAUCACUGCUCAACAAUUUCUGACAGCUAUUUCCAGCAAGGUCAACAAGAUCAAAGAAGAAAAUCAGAAAAAGUGA